AUGUCGGCUCCGCAAGGCGUCCGACAACGCCAGCCGAACAAUGCAGGAGGGGGAGGAGGAUCCAUGAAGAAACGACCCGACACCAAUGGCAACGUGACCGACGCAGUGAUGAACGGCAACGUCAACGAAGCAGUGGAUCAAAUGAAGCAGGUGGGGAAAGAAGCAGUGCAGAAGGACUGGGACUACAAGCUCGCCGUCACCCUCAUCACCAUCCUCGCCUUCAUCACCCGGUUCUGGGGCAUCAGCCACCCGAAUCAGGUCGUCUUCGACGAAGUGCACUUUGGGAAGUUCGCCUCAUACUACCUUCAACGGACAUACUUCUUCGACGUGCAUCCUCCUUUCGGCAAGCUCCUGUUCGCUUUUGCUGGGUGGCUGGUCGGGUAUGAUGGUGCUUUCCUGUUUGAGAAUAUCGGGGACUCGUAUAUCACGAACAAAGUGCCCUACGUUGCCUAUCGAUCCAUGCCGGCGCUUAUGGGGUCUUUGACUGUUACCACCGUGUUCUGGAUUAUGUGGGAGAGUGGAUACAGUCUUCCGGCUUGCAUCGUGGCCGCUUCGAUCGUGCUGUUUGAUAACGCGCACAUUGGGCAGACACGGCUGAUUCUGCUGGAUGCGACGUUGGUGCUGUUCAUGGCGCUGAGUGUCUUGAGUUAUAUUCGGUUUUACAAGCUUAGGCAUGAGCCUUUUUGUCGGAAGUGGUGGAAGUGGUUGCUUUUGACUGGAAUCUCCAUGUCGUGUGUCAUCAGCACGAAGUACGUGGGAGCUUUCACCUUCUUCUCGAUUGGUGUGCCGGUUAUUAUCGAUCUGUGGGAUCUUCUGGACAUCAAUCGCAAGCAAGGGCCGCUCAGCCUACCGGACUUUGGCAAGCAUCUUGGCGCUCGAAUUAUUGGACUAAUAGUUGUGCCAUUCAUGAUGUACCUUUUCUGGUUCCAGGUACACUUCGCCAUCCUAUCGAGAUCUGGGCCAGGAGAUGACUUCAUGACGCCCGAGUUCCAGGAGACGCUCAGCGACAACCUGAUGACACAGCAAGCUGUUGGAAUCGACUACUUCGACAACAUCGCCAUGCGACACAAAGAGACGAAAGUCUACCUCCAUUCGCAUGUAGAUCUGUACCCUCUCCGCUACGACGAUGGACGAAUCUCCUCUCAAGGACAACAGAUCACCGGCUACCCACACAACGACACCAACAACCUCUGGCAAAUCAUUCCAGCCGCUCCUAUGGAAGGUCUAGGCCACCCAGUCAAGAACGGCGACAUUGUCCGCUUCCGCCACCUGGUAACAGACGCAUGGCUCCUCACCCACGACGUCGCCUCACCUUCCAUGCCAACAAACCAAGAAUUCACCGCGGUCAAAGUCGACGAUGCCGAUGGCACAAGAUACAACGACACCCUCUUCGAGAUCCGCAUCGAGAACGGCAAACCCGGCCAGAACUUCAAGACCAUGUCUUCCCACUUCAAGCUCGUCCAUCAGCCUACGAAAGUGGCACUAUGGACCCAUCAUACCAUCGCCCCAUUACCGGACUGGGGCUAUAAACAAGCCGAGAUCAACGGGAAUAAGAAUUUGUUGCAAUCCUCCAAUAUCUGGUAUGUGGAGGAAGUGCCCGGUCUUGCCCCAGACAGUCCGAGACUGGUGAAAGAAGAGAAGAAGACCAAGACGAUGCCGUUCUUGAAGAAGUACUUUGAGCUGCAAAGGGCCAUGUUUUUCCACAAUAAUGCUUUGACGAGCAGUCAUCCUUAUGCUUCGUUUCCCAUCCAGUGGCCGUUCUUGUUGAGGGGUGUUAGUUUCUGGACGGAGAACGAUACGAGGCAGCAGAUUUACUUCUUGGGAAACCCCGUCGGAUGGUGGUUCGCUUCCUCCAUCUUGGCCGUAUUCGCCGGGAUCUUGCUGGCGGACCAGGUCUCUGUCCGCCGUGGCGUGGAUGCGCUUGAUACACGCACGCGCCUUCGCCUCUACAACAGUACAGGCUUCUUCUUCCUCCUCUGGGCCGCCCACUACCUCCCCUUCUUCAUCAUGGGCCGCCAACUCUUCCUGCACCACUACCUCCCUGCCCACCUCGCCAGCGCACUAGUCUCAGGCGCCGUCAUCGAAUUUGUCUUCAACAUCGAAGCCCCCGAACUCGCCUCCCUGACCGAAGCCCAACUCGGCGAGGCCAAGAAGGGGUCGAUGAAGACUCAGGCCCAGCAGCCGCAAGGCGGGGAUUUGGUCCGGAAACCUAUCCGUGAGAGGAUCGCGGGGCAGAGUUUACUUGCUACGUGGGCUGCGUCGGGCGUGGUGGUGGCGGUGUUGAUGUGGGGUUUCUGGUUCUUUGCGCCGUUGACUUAUGGGAAGCCGGGGUUGAGUGUCGAGCAGGUUAAUGCGAGGAAGUGGCUGAAUUAUGAUUUGCAUUUUGCUAAGUAG